UCAUUUGAAGGUACAAAGUGAAGUUGGGUCCAGUCAUUGUAGUUUGGAAGAAUCCCAACAAGCCCAGGACUCAUCUGAGGGGCCACUCAGCUCGGCAGAACACGAGGAAGACGAGAAGGAGCAGCAAAGAUGGAGUCGACUUUAUACUGAGAUCUCUGAAAGACUGGCCACUUUGAGAAAACUUCAGGAGGAACGUCAAACCCCUGAUGACGGGGGGGUCCACGAAACGGUUCCAGAAAAGAAGCUGAUAUCAACCGGAUCUGCUCCGGCUGUUCUCCAGCGGAUACAAGAGUCCGUCGCCAUGCUGAGACAAAUAGCGAGGUCUGCAGAAGGCUCUCAGCCAGAUGUGAAGGAGAGGACGUACGAGGCUCUACGGAGGGUCCUCCUCUGUCUGGACACCUGGACCAACCCUCUGUUGACUGCAGAUGGCGCUGGUGAAAAUGAGCCCCAGCUGAGGAUGCUGCAGCGGGAGUGCGUAUCCUCCGAGCUGCUGACUGUGGCCGAGCUGUUGAGGAAAAUAGAAUCAGAGCCCGGGCCGCUGCUUUCGACAGAGGAACCAGAGGCCUCCCAGUGUUUGACCUGCCUUCAGGAUUGUCUCAGUACAGUCCAGCUGCUCUUCACCUCAUCCGACAAUCAGCUCGCUGAACAUCUGGGCCUCAAAAACCAACAUCAGUUGUGUAUUUUGGACGAGUUUGAACUUGGACAAAGUGUCACCUUCCCAGGUCUGAAGGAUGCGCCUUGUGUGGAGCAGUGUAUCCUGGGCAGACAUCUGAGGGAGAGUCCAUGGGAAAAAGCCAAGCUUCAGCAAGCAUCCCGGGCCUUGCUUCAGGGGAUAACUCACCUCCUGGAACUGGGUGAAGAAAGCAUAAAAGAGAAGCAGAUGAGCCAGGUUCACAACCGCAGCCAACUUCAAGCUAUUCUCUGCAGACACAAGAAACUCCUGCCGGUCCUCGGGUCUCAGCUGGCUUUUGUUCAGCAUCUAUUCCAGCGUGAGCCAGAAGUGCUCAGGUGUCAGGAGGAUGAGAGGCUGCAGCUGGAAGUCAGGGCCAAAGCUCUGCAGCAACAGGCUCAGGGACGAGAGGUAGCUUCUCAAAAGAGGCUGCAGGAGUGGACCCUCUGGGAGGAUAAUUGUGAUCGAGUGGGCCGGGUGCUGGAUGAGUCUGAAGCCCUCAUCAGCAGCGGGGAACCAGAGGAAGACGAUGAGGAGGAGGAGUCUGUCGUGCAGCACAGACUCGAUGCCUGCCAGCAAACACUGGUGCAGUUGGAUGAGAGCAGAGCGGCUUUAGGAAUCCUCCUGGAUCAGUGCGAGGUUCUGCAGAAAGAGCCGGCGUUUGCUGCCUCGGUCGGACAGACAGGAGGUGCUCUGGAGCUGCGAUGGAGGAGAGCGGUCAGGAGGACGGAGCAGGAGAUUCAACGCUGCAGAGACAUCCAGGUCAUCAGGGCCAGAUUCCAAAUAGACUUCACCUCGCUCAGUAAUUGGCUCGUUGGUGCCAAGACACAGUUGAAGUCUUGGUCAGACCUGGCAGAGACGUCCGACCUGAAGCAGGAGUUUGUCCACCACAGUCUCAUCAAGCUGCUGGACUUCUCCAAGGAGGCGGAGGCUAUGUCGGUGCAGAGGACAUCUGUUUCCAGGGACGCCACUCGGCUGCUCCACCUGAGUGAAGCUGAUUGUCCCGGUCUGAGAGCUCAGAUCGCCCAGCUGGAGGUGAACUGGAGCCAGUUCACCUCCGAUCUGCCCAGGAUACAAGACCAGCUGCAGCAGCUGCUGCUGGCUGCAUGGCCGCCCGUGGAGCUGCUCUCUGAUCUGGAGUCGUGGCUGAAGAAGCAGGAUUCACUGAACCAAGAGAAUGAAAAGAAUCUCAAGGUCAAAGAUGCUUCUCAGAUCACUGAAGUCCUGCAGCACCAUCGGGAGUUGAAGGCAGGUGUUGUCGGUGGACAGCUCAUCCUUGAUUUCCUGAGCCAGUCUCGGCCUCAGGCAGUGGGAGCUCACGUCCAGGCUCUCCAGUCUGAGCGGACGGUGUUUGCAGAGAAACUUGGUGCCCUCAGACUCCAGUGGCUGCACCUCCAGGGAGAGCUGCAGAGCCAGAUUCACGGAGCCGAACAGAUGCAUCACACCUGUGCGGUCAGAGAGAGACAGUUACAGCAGCUUCACCGAUGGAUACUGCAAAAGAAAAAGCAGCUGAGUCAGUGGGAACAGCCAACAAGUCAAACUCUGGCUCGUAAGGCUCUGCGAGAGUGGGAGGCUGUUGCAGGCCGAGCGAAGGAGAAGGCUGCAGCUUUGCAGAAGUUGAAAACCAAACGAGUGGAUGCUGAGAAAGAAGAGAAGCAUCCCUGUGACGUCGCUUUCUCGAAGCAGGCAGAGAGCGUUAGUCAAGCCUGUGAGGACCUCAGUCAACAGAUGGAGGCUCUGAAACCAGCUCUUCAACGCACCGUGGCUCAGUGGAGUUGUUUCGACAGAGACCUGAGGGAGGUGACUCUUCAUGCCGGCGAGGUGCGUUGUGCUCUGCAGCAUCAGCCAGCUCCUCUGUUCUCGCUAAAGCAGGCGGAGGAACACAUGGACGUCUUGCAGGAACUCCAAGGGAAGGUAGAAAAAGGAGAAGAGCUUUGGGCAGCCGUGGAAAUGUCAUUCCAGGGUCUCGUAAAGAAUCUUCAUUGUGGGGCAGCACAAGCGUUAGGCGACCAAGUCGAAGGGGAGAAGAAACGGUGGGAGAGCCUGAUCCAGGAGCUGAAGGACGAGCACGUGAAGACUGGAGAGACGGUUUCCUUGUGGCAGGAGUACCGGUGUCUCUUUGGUGACUGCUCCCUUCACAUGCAACACCUGAGGUGCCAGUGGGAGGAGCUGUUAACGUCCUCACCGUCACCUGAACAAGACACAAAAACCACGGUUCAUUCAGUGGAGAAGAUGCAGGAUAUUUCUAAGAACAUGCAAAGAAGCGCGGCCGAUGUGCUGAAGGCUUCCGAGCCUCUAAUUGGACGGCUGCAUCCACUGGCUGCAAAUUUAAUUAAGUCAGAGACCAAACACCUGAUCUGGAUCGACCUGCUGCUGAGCGGUGCAACGUCAGUAAAAAGGAUUUGUCUUCAGGAGGAUUUGAAAAAGCAGGAACAAUUCCACACUUGUCUGCAGACUCUUGAACAGACUCGGAGCAUAAAAGAUAAAGUAAAUGCUGGGUUGAAGGACAAAGGCUCUGCGGAGCAGGUUCUCUCGGAGCUCAGUGAUCUGUUUCCAUUACUGGUUGACGUCAGGGAGAUGAGUCACUAUUUGACCCUGAACGACCAGGACACAGACCGACUGCACGUGCUCAGCAGGGAGUGGAUCGAAAGCACGACCUGCACAUCUGACAUGAACAGAGAGCUGCAGGCAGAGCGUCAGAGUUCCCAGACGUUUCAGGAGAAGUGUGAGAACCUGACUCACAUCAAGGAGAAGCUCGUCGAGGAAUUAAUGUUCGUAGAACUUGAAAGUCUCUCCAGCCUCCGAGAGAUCCUGACCGUUCAUCAGAGGCUUCAGGCUGAAAUAAUCACUGGACACCAGCUUCUGCAGAGUCUCCUCUGCGACGCAGUCAAGACCAUGGACAAGGAAACAGGAGGGAAAAGAGAUGAGCUCAUAGCACAAGUGACCAGUUUGAAGGAGAGCUGGUUCGGUGCCAUCGCUCUGGUUGGACAACGCAGGUCUUGGGUGAAAGAGCAGCUCAGACUUCGGAGCAUCUACCAGCUUGGACUUAAAAUCCUGUCGAAGCUGUUGAUGGAAGUUGAUCCUCUGCUGCCCCUCCUUGGCGCUCCUCCUAUCAGCUGUGUCGAUUGCCAGUGUGCUGGAGAGGCUUUGGAUCUGCACUCUCCCGUGUACAACCAGAUGCUGGAGGCCGGCAGACGUUUGUGUGAGAACAUGUCAGAGUUUCCGUGUCGGCGUAAUUUUCACUCAGAGCUCCAGUCCGUCGAAGGGAACUGGGACCGAACCAACACACUGCAGAAGAGGAACCAAGACCUGCUUAACACAACUGCUCAGAAGUGGUCUCAGUGUCAGGACAGAAUCACCGGCAUCAUGUCGGAGCUGGAGGAGGUGAAGACCAGGAUGAAGCAGCAGCUGCCUGAAACACCAGAGGAAUCUGAGAGAGAGAAGCUCAUUCAGGGGACGGAGCUCUCUCUGCAGUGUUUGACCAGUGGAUUGAGGGAACUGGGAACCAUGAAGACAGACCUGUCCCAGUACAUCACGGCUGGUGACUCCACUCUGCUGGAGCAGCAGCUGGAACAACUCCACGGUCAAUGGGAAGAGCUUUGUAUGAAGGUGUCGUUGCACAAGCAAGAAAUCGCAGACCGCCUGAAUGCCUGGACCAUCUUCAACGACAAGAACAAAGAGUUCUGUGAUUGGCUGACUCAGAUGGAGAACAAGGUGUGCCACAACAGCGAUCUGAGCAUUGAGGAGAUGGUGGAGAAGCUGAAGAAGGACUGCAUGGAGGAAAUCAACCUGUUCAGUGAGAAUAAGAGCCACCUGAAGCAGCUGGGGGAGCAGCUGCUGUUGGCCAGUGACGAGGCCAAGCAGACCCAGGUCCACGGCUCACUGCAGGAGGUCAACCAGCGCUGGCACAACCUCUUCCACCACAUCGAAGCCAGGGUGAAGAAGCUGAGGGAGACACUGGUGACGGUGCAGCAGCUGGACAAGAACAUGAGUAACCUGCGCUCCUGGUUGUCCAGAAUCGAGGCCGAACUCUCCCGACCAAUCACCUACAGCGUCUGUCACCAUCAGGAGAUCCAGAGGAGGCUGGCCGAGCAGCAGGAGCUGCAGAGGGACAUAGAGCAGCACACGGAGGGAGUCGCAUCAGUGCUCAGUCUGUGCGAUGUUCUGCUGCGGGACGAAGAUGCUGCUGGCGCCACUGAGGCGGAGAGCGACUCCCUGCAGGAGACCAGCCGCAGCCUGGACCAGCGCUGGAGGACCAUCUGUGCCAUGGCUCUGGACAGGAGGCUCAGGAUCGAGGAGACCUGGAGGCUCUGGUGCAAGUUCCUCGACGACUACUCUCGCUUUGAGGAUUGGCUGAAGAUGGCUGAGCGCACCGCUGCCAACCCCAACUCUGCAGGCGUCCUUUAUACUGCCGCCAAAGAGGAGCUCAAGAAGUUCGAGGGUUUCCAAAGGCAGGUUCACGAGCGACUGACUCAACUGGAAAUCGUCAACAACCAGUAUCGGCGUCUGGCCCGGGAGAACCGCACCGACCGGGCCAGCCAGCUCAAAGCCAUGGUCCAUGAGGGCAACCGGCGCUGGGACACCCUGUACCGCAGAGUGGCUGCCGUCCUCCGCAGGCUCAAGUACUUCACCAGCCAGAGGGAGGACUUUGAAGGCACCAGGGAGAGCAUGCUGGUGUGGCUGACCGAGCUCGACCUGCAGCUCACCAACGUGGAACACUUUUCAGAGAGCGACGUCCAUCACAAGAUACAGCAGCUCAAUAGCUUCCAGAAAGAAAUCUCCCUGAACACUGAGCGCAUCGACGGGCUGAUCGUGUUUGGAGAGGGCCUGAUCCAGAAGAGCUCCCCGCAGGAUGCGGCGCUGAUCGAGGACGAGCUGGAGGAGCUGCACACGUACUGCCAGGAGGUUUUCAGCAGACUGGUCCGCUUCCACCAGCGCCUCAGCCAGCCCCCGAUAAUCAAAGAAGAGCCUGAACUCUCCGGCAGCAGCUUCUACUUGGAGUCCAGCUUGGAGCUGAUUGGUCGGCCGUGGCUCGGACGCAGCCUUGGGAGCCUCCCGGCCACACCCACCCACCUCCUGGCCUCUUCGCUGGAGCGCUCGGGCCGCGAGACGCCAGCGAGCGUGGACUCCCUCCCUCUGGAGUGGGACCACACCGGGGACGUGGGAGGUUCGUCGUCACAUGAGGAUGAUGAUGAGGAGGAGGAGGAGGAACAAGACGAGGAGGGAGUUUACUUCAGUGCUCUGUCAGUUCCCAGCAGGUCUGUGGUCGUACACCAGUCUCCAGUAUGGGGAUCAUGCACAGACACAGAAACACAGACUCUCCAGCUGCACCCGGACACUGAGGCUGCACCCGCCCUCACCAGCACGCCUGUGAAACGAGGCUUUCUCGGCCUCAUGUCUCAGUGCAGCGGCAGCAUCGAGGACAUCAAGAGAGUCUCCCUGAUCCUGGAUGACGAGGACCAGCCGGUGGAGCUCGGUCUGACAGGACUGACCGCCCCCGACAAACAGUCAGGUGUGAUUGAACGCUGGGAGCUGCUCCAGGCUCGGUCCAGAAGUGAUCAGCAUGCCGGUUCUCAGGAGCCUCAACAGCUCGGAUCUGACCUGGAUGACCUCACUUCCUGGUUAGAAAACACGAUCCCGGAGCUGGACCGCCUCCAGCUCUCCAAGUCAGCGGCGAGCAUUGCCGACAUGGAAGCAAGAGCCAGAGAACUGAGGGAGAUGCAGCGGAUGUUUACUCACUACAAGUCCAUCAUGCUCUCUGUCAACCUGAGAGCUCAGGAGGCUCCAGAACUACAGCAGAGGCUGCUGGACAUGAACAGAGACUGGAGCCGAGUGAGCACAGCUCUGCAGCGGUGGGACAGCGGACUGAAGAAGACUCUGAUGCGCUGCCAGGAGUUCCAUGAAACCCUCCAUUCUCUGCUGCUGUGGCUGGCCCACGCUGAGAGCAGACGCUACACAGUGGACAUCAGUGAUCCGGACACAUCUGUCCGAGCGCUGCAACAACACCGCUACACGCUCGCUGAUCUGCAGGAGGAGCUGCGGGGCCGACAGACUCAGCAGGCCUCGCUCCAGGCUCUGUGGUCUCAGCUCAAGCCAGAGGACGGCGGAGAGGACGGCAGCGGAGAGGACGGCAGCGGAGAGGCCCAGGAGAAGCUGCACGUCACGGGGAGCAAGCUGAAGCUGCUCCUGAAGGACGUGGACCAAGAUCUGAGCAUCUUACAGCAGCGACUGAACUGUGAAUCUGCGUCAGAGAUUCAAGGCCAAAGUGUCGCAGCAGAUGUUUCUCAGGAGGCGGCGAACUCAAAGGAAGGCUCCUCCACUCCGAGAGAAAAGAGGGAGUCGCCACCUCCUCGCUCCUUCUUCUACCGAGUCCUCCGCGCAGCCUUUCCCCUCCACCUCCUCCUGCUGCUGCUCCUGCUGCUCCCCUGUCUGAUCCCACUGUCAGAGGGCAGCUCCAGCUGCACCGUCAGCAACAACUUCGCCCGCUCCUUCUACCCCAUGUUACAUUACACCAACGGCCCCCCGCCCACCUGAUAAUCUGGAGGAAGAAAAAUAAAUAAAUAAAAAAAGACACUGAACCACAUGAUCAAACUGUAAAUUAAUAUAAAGUCAAACUGAUGAUUAUCCCCAAAUUCUAUGUUAAACAAUUCAAUUGAAUUUGUUUUAUUUAUUUCAGGAACAAAACCCAUUAAAAACCCAACAUGUGGAUAAUAAAUGUAGAUAUUUUAAAUUGCGGGACGCAAAGAUCAGCGUCACAGAUCUGAACCCUGGUGGAAGCUUGUAGCAGCAAAGAGACGUAGACGUACAUCGAGAGGUAAGAAAGAUUUACUAUCUUUCAGCCGCUGUACAAUGUUCUGAAAGAAAAGUAAGAAACCAGGAUGAUCAAAUCUAAACGUUGCAUCUGCUUUAGUAGAUUUUCACUGAACAAACCUUUGUUUUGAUUUUCAAUUAUUCUAAAAACGUGUAAGUUAGAAGUUAAUAUUCAUACAUCAAGCUCUGAACUGUUCCUUAUUCUACCAACUGUUUCAUUCUGUCCUCAACUAAAUGUGUAUUUUUUUAAAGUUUCUGGUUGAAUUUGAUUAAAUUACAGCAGUUUUAUACACAUAUAUAUUUUUAGAUGCUAUUUGUGACAUUUCCAAGCCUCCUGGUGCACAACUGUAGAUUUAGAUCAUGUACAUAAUGUAAUAAUAUAAUUGAUAUUUAUAACAUCAAAAGGUGGAUUUAUGCUCCUGAGUUUCUGGUAAUAAACAGAACGUGUCAAUCUCUAUUUACCAAAGCCUUUUAUUAUCAUUUUGCCUGAAGUGAUUCGGCCUUUAAAAAUAAUUUAACUUUCAUUUUCAACUCCUACAAAAUAUUUAGUUAAAGUUGUUCCCUUUUUUUUAAUCCAUUUCGAAUCA